UAUAAUAAUAUUAUUAUUGUGUUAACAGCUAAUAAAUUGGUUCUCACUCGUUAUAGUCGUUACGUGGCUUUUCGGUUUGCUCCACUAUAUUUGAGGGAGUAUGUAUGAAAACUAAAAAAUAAAUCAUCACAGGCCCGUGCCCGCCACACCGGUCACUUUCCGAUCACCGAUUACAGGUAUGUCCACAGCAGAGACGUCAUGUCUUGGAUCCGUGACAACUCGAUGACAUGGCCGCAACGCUUUUGGGGACACGUCUUGACGUACGGGCCGAUGCCAAAGCAUGUAGCGUUCAUAAUGGACGGCAACAGACGUUAUGCAAGAAAGAAAAACGUGGACAACAGCGAGGGACAUUCGAAAGGGUUCGAUAAACUAUCUGAAACUUUACAAUGGUGUUUGAAUUUGGGCAUCAAAGAAGUUACUGUGUACGCAUUCAGUUUAGAAAACUUCAAGAGAACGCAAGAGGAAAUCGAAGCACUAUUUGAUCUUACCAGAGAAAAGUUCAAGAAACUCUUACAAGAAAAAGAUAAACUAAAUGAACACGGAGUGUGCGUAAAAAUUAUUGGGAAUUUAUCGAAAUUGCCCGACGACUUGACCAAACUUAUGGCCGAAUCCAUGUUUGUCACCCGACACAACACUCAAGCGAUCCUGAACGUUGCUUUCGGUUACACAGGUCACGACGAAUUAACCAACGCUCUGAAUCAUAUAGCCAACGGCGUCAAGGAAAACUGUUUGGACUUCUCCGAUCUAAACGUCAACAUAAUCGAUAAGUGUUUGUAUACGUAUCCUUCGCCGCCGCCAGAUUUGUUGAUACGCACUUCGGGAGAAACCAGACUUAGUGACUUUAUGAUAUGGCAGUGUUCGUACAGUUAUAUUUAUUUCACACAAGUACUUUGGCCGGACUUCACGGCGUGGGACUUUCUAGCCGCCGUGUUUAUGUACCAAAGAAACGCACAUUUGUUUGAAAAUUACAAAACACCGACGAGCCUGAGUGCAAAAGCCGAUAGAUUUGUAAACGACUUACGAGAAAAACGAUUAAACAGACUGUACGCAGUCCUCUGAAAAUUUUUUUUUAAAAAAUAUAAUUAUAGUUAAUAACGUUUUUAACGUACUUAUUACGGAAAUUCUGUACGUGUUAAAUUAUAUAAAAUAUAGGUAAUUUGUUUAGAAAAUUAAUUCUAUUUAUAAAAAAAUCUAAGAACUACCUAUUUUAUAUGUGAAAAAAUCCAACUGAAUUGUCGAUUAAAAAGAAAAAAUUGUACAUAAGGCCUUAUUCUACCAACGAUUUUAAUUGCGGUUAGCCAGCAAAUUUUAGACGGUUAACGUCUUAGCGCUAAUUAAAAUCGUUGGUGAAAUCGGACUCACUCGUGUCGUUAAGUAUAAGCAACACAUUUAUACAGUCGCGUAAUGGUUUUCUAGUUUUUCAGGAUAAGGUUUACGUUGAUGCCUUUGUAUUUAAAGUAAUCAUAUAAUUUUUAAUUAUAAUAACUCCUUUAGACCUACCAGACCUCACUAUAUGCUCCGUACCAACUAUUUUUUAAACAUUUUUGUCAAAAAAUGUUUUUUUUGGCCUUAGAGUUUUUUUUUUAAAUAACCAGUUACAUAAUAAUUAUAUAUAUUGGUAUAUAGAUUAAAUCUCGUUUACUAAAUGGUUAUAGGUUGUUUUUUUCCCCAAAUUUUUAUUUACAGAUUAUAAAUAUUGCCGAGAAUUCUUAUUGUUAGAUUAAUUAUUUUUUUGGUCUAUCAUAACCACUUGAAUAAGUAGAAUAAUAUUUUUUCUAUGAAGCUUCCUUUAGUCGUAUCUUGAAUAUUAUGCAAUCCUUAGUGGACCUACAUCGAUAAUAUAAAUUACAACUGAACGUUUCUCGAUGUUAAGUUUAACUAUGUUUAUUUGGAAACCUGUUAUCGGUAAAAUUGUUAUUAAUAUGACUGAAAAUUAUUAAAAAUGACUAAUUAAAAAGAUCACAAAAGAACCUUUUUCACAAAUAUUCUAAGUCACUAUAACUUUAAAAUUGUAUUAUUCCAUAACAUGUAUUUAUUCGUUGUUUAAGAGGAUUGCACGGGGUCUGGUUUUUUCACGUUUUAAACCAAAAUGUCGACUACUUAGGAUGGUCCAAUUUAGAUUGAGUAAAGAAGUUCUUUGGCAACUUUACUAUGUUAUGAAAGAAACAGAUUUUUUGAUUUUUUGCAUUUUUUAUGUAACAAAUUUGGGGUUUAAUAUUUUAAUUAAAAAACCUGAAGCUUUUACAAAUUAAUCUGUAAAUUAAUUGACAUGGAUGAAAUUUAUUAAAAACUGUUUUUUUUUCUUAAGUAUUGCCUAUACAAAUCUCCUUAAAAACAGACCGCAUGUGAUCCCCUUAACACUUUUUUUAUACAUUUAUUUCCAACAUAGGUAACGUUAAAAUAAUUAGUUAAACCGAACAUAAUUCAAACGCUAUAAUCUAAAUAAGGAUGACACCAUUUUGCAUUUUAUUUGGGUGUAUACUUGUUUUUCACCGUGCAUUGUUUUUUUCGUUAAAUUAAUAAUAGUUUGCUGAAAAUGUUGAAUGGUCGAUAAUCAGUUUUAAAUCAUAAGUAUUACAAUUAUAUAAAAGUUUAAAAUGUAAGACGGGAUAACUCUAGUUAUUUUUAUCUACGCGCAUUGGUCAACUGCUCUCCGCAUCCCAUCCUAAAUUUCAAACUUAAAAAAUAAUUAUUCAAAACUAGUUAUCAAAUAAUCGAAUUUUGAAAUAUACUUAGUUAAUUGAGGUUUCAAAAAUCGAUAGACACCUUGAAAAUAGUAAAGAAGUUCAACAUU